AUGAAUUCAUCAUCAUUUAAUUCAAAUGAACAAGAACAAUCAGUGACAAAUCUUGUUAAAAUUCAUUCAUUAUCACAACUACUUAAACGUGAUCGAGAACAAUUAUUAACGCAAUCACGUUCAAUAGCAUAUUAUCAUCCAAAUAUCGAUCGAGAUAAAGCCGAACUAUUAUUACGAGCUAAAUAUACACGUUAUAAACGUGAUGGUUUAUUUUUAUUACGAGAUUGUACAACAUCACCACAUGAUUUUAGUUUAUCAAUUGUUUGUGGUGAUAAAUGUUAUCAUUAUAAAAUACAACUUAUUUAUGACAUCUAUUUUUCUAUUGACUCAGGUCCUCAAAUAGCCGGUAUAGAAAGUUUAAUAAAUUAUUAUCAACAACGUGCUGAUGGUCUUGCUUGUAUUCUUUCCAGUGAUUUUGUUCAAGGUCAACCACCACCAACUGCUGCUCGACGUUUAGGUUCAACAAAUACAUUACAUCGAGCAUGUAAACAAGGUAAUUUUGAAAUAGUCAAAAAAAUUCUAUCACCAGAAAUAUUAAUUAAUCGACCUGAUGUUAAUGGGAAAGAUGCAUUUGGAUCUACAGCACUUCAUGAAGCAAGUUAUUUUGGUCAUGAUGAUAUUGUUCGUUUAUUAAUUAAAGCUGGUGCUCAUGUUCUUGCACGAGAUACUGAUGGUGCUACGGCUUUACAUAAAGCAGCAGCCAGUAAUCGUCCAUCAACAUUACUUAUUUUAAUAACUGAAGGUUUUGCUGAUUAUGAAGAACGUAAUUAUACGAAUCAUUGGGUACCUUUACAUGAAGCAGCUUUUCAUAAUUCAACAGCUUGUGUUCAAGUUUUACUUGAUUGUGGUGCUCCACUUCGUCCACGUACAGAUCAAGGAAAAACGCCACUUGAAUUAGCUGAAGAAGUUAAAUCUGAUGAAUCAAUUAGUUUACUUCGUGAAUAUAAAAUUUCACCAGCAGAAUCAAAUCGUAUCGAUUGGUUACAUAAUGAAACAACAUUUGAUCGUCUUGCUGCUAAACAAUUAAUUGAAUCAAUUAAAACUGGUCAACGUAAUGGAAUGUUUGUUGUUCGUCAUAGUUCAAAAAAUCUACAAAAUUAUGCUUUAACAAUUUAUAAUGAUAAUGAAUUUUUUAAUUAUGAAAUUAUACAUCUUAAUGAUACAACAUAUUAUAUUGAUGAUGGACCUUAUUUUGAUACACUUGAACAUUUAAUUGAUCAUUAUUGUCGAAUACCAGAUGGUUUACCAACAACAUUAACAUGUUCAAUAAAUUCUAUAGGACAAAUAAUUAAUAGUCGUAUUCAACCAUUUUCAUUAUCAUCUGCAAUUAAUAAAACUAAAAAUAAUUUAAUAAAAUCUAAACAAAAUUCCAAUCGACAAACAAAUAAUGAAGAUGGCAAAACUACUCGUAAAAAGAGUCCAUCUAUUAAUCUUAAUCGUCGUUCAACAUUUUCAUCAACAUUAAGUGGUUCUGUAACAUCACUUAAUUCAUUAUCAUCACGUUCUCGAGCAUCAUCAACUCAUGAAGAUCCAUUAUCAACAUCAUCAUCUAGUGCAUCACUUUCAAGUAAUAGUCCAUCUCAACAUCAAGCAGCGUCAUUAUUAAAUGAUCGAAAUCCAAUAACAAAUACAACACCAUUUGUUGAUCGACGAAAAAAUGUUGGAGGUAAAAUAAAACCAUUUAUACCAGAUUUUAAUAAUGAUAAUGAACGACGUUCGACAAAAAUUUCUAAUGGUAAAAAUUCAACAUCAAUUAAACGAUCAACAAUUCCUGUUCUUCAAGUACAAAAACGAAAAUCAUUACAUUUAACUAUUAUAUCACCAAGUCAAAUACAACAAACAGCUAAAUUAGGUGAAGGUGAAUUUGGUGAAGUUUAUGAAGGUUUUUAUCGUGAAGAUUUAAAUAAUCCAACUGGUAUACCAGUUGCAAUUAAAAUUUUAAAAGAUUAUUCUUAUUCAGCAAAAAAAGAUUUUCUACGUGAAGCUGAACAUAUGGCUACAUUAAAUCAUCAUUGUAUAUGUACAUUAUAUGGUAUUGUUGAUUCAAGUGAUGAUAGUAUGAUGAUGGUAAUUGAAUUACUUUUACUUGGUUCAAUGCUUGAUUAUUUAUGGAAACAUAAAAAUUCCAUAGGUGAAAAUCGUUUAAAAUUAUGGGCAUCACAAAUUGCUGAUGGUAUGGCAUAUAUGGAACGUAAAGGAAUUGUUCAUAGAGAUUUAGCUGCAAGAAAUAUACUUAUGCAAUCAACAGAUCAAGUUAAAAUUAGUGAUUUUGGUCUUUCAAGACGUAUUGAUGCUGAUGUUUAUAUGCAAAAAUCUGACAGUAAAAUUCCAGUUAAAUGGUAUGCACCAGAAGCAAUUAGUAUCGGUAAAUUUACUACAAAAUCUGAUGUUUGGUCUUUUGGUGUUACUCUAUGGGAAAUGUUUUCUUAUGCAGCAACACCUUAUGGUGAUAUGAGUGGUACUGAUGUAUAUUAUUUUUUACAACAUGGAAAACGUUUAGAACGGCCAUCACGUUGUCCAUCAUCAACAUAUCAAUUAAUGCAAAAAUGUUGGGAAUGGGAUGAAAAAAAACGACCAACAUUUUCUGAACUUUUACAAUUAUUAAAAAAUGAUUCUGAUUAUCGUGAUACAAAUAAAACAAUUCCAAUAACUACAACAUUGUUAAGAAAAAAACCAUUAAAACUAACAUUAAGUUCAUCAACAUUAGUUGAUGAAAAUAAUGAUCAUAAUGAUGAACAGAAAAAUGAACAGUAUAAAAUAAAUGGUAAUGGUAAUGGUCAUGUAUCAAGAACAAUAACUCAAUUUCAACAAGCAUUAAAUAAAGAACGAACAAAUUCUUAG